UCAGUCUGUUCAUCUUUCGCAUUUUUGUCAUUUCUUCGGAAGAUUAGCGAGUGGAUAUUCUUUGCCGGUUUUAUGUAGGUCGGGGAAUACUGUGCACUGAAUUCUGUGGAUACGGAAUUAGGCUGCUGGUAGACUUAACAUGUAUGCCGGACGUAAAAGGAGAAAACCCGUGCAGAGAACGGUGAAACAACCCCCAGCAGAAGGGGUCAAGUCGAACCCAUCCAAACGGCACAGAGAUCGGUUAAAUUCUGAACUUGACCGCUUGGCCAGUUUGUUGCCAUUCCCCGAGGAGGUCACCUCCAGUUUGGAUAAACUCUCCAUCCUUCGUCUGAGUGUGAGCUUCCUGAGGGCCAAGAACUUCUUCAAUGUUGCCCUGAAGAACCAUGCUGGGAAAGCGCUGACAGCCAAUAGCAGUAACCAUGACAACAGCAAAGCCGCUGGAUUGGUGGAGGGUUGGUUGCCUGAGGGAGAACUUCUGUUGCAGGCCCUCAAUGGUUUUGUGCUGGUCGUCACUGCAGAGGGGACCAUCUUUUACUCCUCUCACACCAUCCAGGACUUCCUGGGAUUCCAGCAGACGGAUGUGAUGCACCAGAGUGUGUUUGAGCUGAUCCACACCGAGGAUCAGCAGGAGUUCCGGAGGAACCUGCACUGGGCCCUGAACCCACCUGCUUCUGUGUCUGAACCAAAGGAGUCUCCCGCAGAUGGAGAACCUGCCACAAACUCAUCUCUAGUGACCUAUGACCCUGACCAGCUGCCGCCAGAGAAUUCCUCCUUCCUGGAGAGGAGCUUUGUGUGUCGGUUCCGCUGUCUCCUUGACAACUCCUCCGGCUUCCUGGCACUAAACCUGCAGGGCAGGCUGAAGUUCCUACAUGGGCAGAACCGACGCCUGGAUGAUGGGGGCCAGGUGCCCCCCCAGCUGGCCCUGUUUGCUAUCGCCACCCCUCUGCAGCCCCCUUCCAUCCUGGAGAUCCGAACCAAGAACAUGAUCUUCAGAACCAAGCACAAGCUGGACUUUACUCCCAUGGCCUGCGAUGCCAAGGGCAAGAUCGUCCUGGGCUACACCGAGGCAGAGCUGCGUGUUCGAGGUUCUGGGUACCAGUUCAUCCACGCGGCCGACAUGCUGUACUGCGCAGAGAACCACGUCCGCAUGAUCAAGACGGGAGAGAGCGGUUUGACUGUGUUCAGACUCCUCACCAAGGACAACCGCUGGAAGUGGGUCCAGGCAAACGCCAGGCUGGUCUAUAAGAACGGCAAGCCAGACUACAUCAUUGCCACCCAGAGGCCCCUUGUGGAGGAGGAAGGUGGAGAGCACCUUCGGAAACGCUCCAUGCACCUCCCCUUCACCUUUGCCACAGGAGAAGCCCUGCUGUACCAGACCAGCUACCCCAUCCCGGGCUUCAACGACACACUGCAGGGCAAAGGCAAGAACAGCAAGUCCAAGAAGAGCAAGAGCUCCAAGGAUGACCCAGACCCCAGCUCAUUACUGGGGGCCUUAAUGAGGCAGGAUGAGUCUGUCUAUGUCUGCCAGCCUGCCGUCGAACCCAAGCUUUCCUUCCACAGUAGCCUGUUCAGUGAGCAGGGUGAUGCGGGCUUCACCGGCCCUUUGGGGAACGACAGCUGGAGCGCGCCAUCGAAAAGCGUGGCUGAGGUGGGGCCCGAGGGUUCGAGCUUCGACCCGCUCCUGGCCACGCUGGACUCCCUCUCGCUGGGCGGCGAGGAGAGCUGCUCCAACAGCGAGCUGUUCAGCGCCCUGGAGAGCCUGGGCCUCAACGCCGAGGACCUGGAGCUCCUUCUUCUGGACGAGCGGAUGAUCCGCGUGGAGAUGGAGCCAGACUACAUCCCCUCCCUCAACGACCUGCUGACCAACAAUGAGAUCCUCUCCUACAUCCACGACUCCCUGGGGGGCAGGACUGAGGCGAGCGGGGGUGUCGGCGACAGCCAGGCGCCCCACCCCCUGCCAUCCUCUGCCCCCCAGUCCCAAGCCCCUCCCACGUUGUCCCUGCCCUGCCCCAGCCCAGCCCCCGGCCCUCAGGCUACGCCCAUACCGUACACCACCUACAGGCCACCGAGGCAGCCGCCCAUCGUGCAGUUGUCUCAGCAGAUGCAGCAGCACAUGAGCGGCCACCUGACCCCAGGGAAAGGGGACGCCUGGAGCCAGCAAGUUGAGUGCCAGCACAGUGACCCUGAGGUUCUUCCAGCAGAGAACGGACUGCAGAGCUGGGAGCAGCCCCUUCACAAUGGCCACUGGGUCACCCAGCACAUUCAUACAAGCGUGGGAGUCCAGGAGGACCUGGGGAAUGACCAUGCUCACCACCACCAGCAGGAGGCGCUGUUCAACAGCGAAGCAGUGGAACCGGGCCUGCACCAGCACCAGAACCAGUGGCAGCAGAACCAGCUCCUCCUGCAGCUCCACUCCCAAUGUCAUCUCAAGCAGAAAGGGGGUGAUACAGUCAACGGAGUAUAUCCCUCCCUCAGCCAGCAGCCCGCGGGCAACCCCCAGUGGCAGAGUUACAGUUAUGGCCACCAGGGGUCUCUAUCUAGCCAGACAGAACUGGCAACUAACGGGUCUUGCUUUUCCAACGGGCAGGGCGUGGCUGAAGGGGUGGACGUGGCGUCUGUCACGCAUGCUCAGGGAGUGUCCCUUGCGGAUUACAAUGCAGGCCAGUUCACAGUGAACGGAGCACUGGGUAACAGCGGGGUGUACCAGGGAGUGGCGGCCUCCACGUCCUCCUGUCCUGUGGCCCAUCAGAAACAGCAGCUGCCCUGCCCAGACGGGGCCACGCCCUCAUGUUUUUCUCAGUACGCCACCCAAGACUCGGCCCUAGAGCACAUUCUGGGUCUGGGGACGUCCCAUCAGCUGCCUUCUCUGGAAUCCUAUGGACUGUUCACCUCCACGCUGCCACCAGACGCUUCUCACAGUAAGAUGGAGAAUGGUUGCAUCCUAAAUGGCACCAGCGUGUCCUACACUGGAAAUUGUUUUGUGCCCAACGGGAGCACUGCAGUGCCCACUGAAACCACCCAACCCUGCCCUGAAGUCCUGCCCAGCCUCCCAGACCCACAGACCUCUGGGUUUUACCUCUGA